AGGCGGUCAAUCGCCUAUAUAUAUACCCAUCUUCAUAACCUUUCAGCUUCAAUCCUUCAUGUGUCCUCACGCUUGCCCUCGAAGAAAACUUUGUCUUGUGCUUCUCCUAGAGCUCUUCAAGCUCUCUCACAGUGAAAUUUUAUGAUGCCAAGUGUAGAGCCUGAUUCGUCCGAUAAGGACUCGGAACCAUUCGUAGAGAUUGAUCCGAGCCGGCGCUAUGGAAGGUACAAUGAACUACUUGGUUCUGGUGCUGUGAAGAGGGUUUAUAGAGCAUUUGAUCAAGAAGAAGGCAUUGAAGUGGCUUGGAAUCAAGUCAAAUUGAGAAAUUUCAGCAACAAUCCGGCAAUGAUCGAUAUGCUAUACUCCGAAGUUCGGUUGCUACGGUCCUUAAAGAACAAUAACAUUAUAUGUCUGCAUCAUGUCUGGCGCGAUCAGGUUCAUAACACCUUGAAUUUCAUCACCGAAGUCUGUACUUCAGGGAAUUUGAGAGAGUACAGAAAGAAGCAUAGACAUGUUUCUGUGAAAGCAAUUAAGAAGUGGUCUAAACAGAUUUUGAAGGGAUUGGAUUAUUUGCAUACUCAUGAGCCUUGUGUGAUUCAUAGAGAUCUCAAUUGCAGCAACCUGUUUGUAAAUGGGAAUGUUGGGCAGGUUAAGAUUGGUGAUCUGGGUUUGGCUGCCACUGUUGGGAAGAGCCAUGCAGCACAUUCAGUUCUCGGAACGCCAGAAUACAUGGCUCCAGAGCUCUAUGAUGAGAACUACACAGAAAUGGUGGACAUUUACUCAUUUGGUAUGUGUUUGCUAGAAAUGGUGACCAUGGAAAUCCCAUAUAGUGAAUGUGACAAUGUUGCAAGGAUAUACAAGAAAGUAUCUUCUGGGGUUAGGCCUCAAGCCUUGAACAAGGUCAGAGACCCAGAAGUCAAGGGCUUCAUUGAGAAGUGCCUUGCACAGCCUAGGGCUAGACCUUCUGCUGCUGAACUACUCAAAGAUCCUUUCUUUGAUGGUAUUGAUGAUGAUGAUAAUUUAUGACUAGUUUAGAUUGUGAUAGGUUUGUUCUACCACUUUGUUUCUUUUUUCUUUUGAUCUUGGGUUGAUGUUGUUUUGGAAUGAUUUGGGAAAGUGGGUUUUGGCCAUGAAAGAUGGAGAAAGUGUGUAGUAUGUGAUUUUUAUGGGGGUAAUAUUUUGUAUAUAGUUCCUCUUUUUUCAAACAAUUGGCAUUGAAAUUGGUGGGAGAAAAUGUGAAUUCUUCUUGGGUUUUAAUCUCUUUAGCAUAAUUGUAUUUUCUAUCUUGGAUUGGGAUUUAUGUAUUUUCAUAGAAGUGUUAAUUAAUUUUCUGAUAAUCCCUUGUGUUGGGGAGA